CUUUUCCUACACAAUCUGUUCGAGAUAUUGUGAGAACAUUUUCAGCUGUUUUCAAAGAACAAUUAAAGUUCGUUCACAAUUUUAAAUCAGUUGCUUGAUUCCUGGAUCUCGUUAAGAUGAAGUCGUUAUUUUGCAUCCUAUUUAUAAGUUGCUAUGUAGCACUUGUUUUCAGUAUCCCGUAUGAUCGACAGUGUCAUAUACUGUAUGAACACGAUGCAACUAUUAAAGGUGAAGUCAUCAGUCCCUUCUAUGAUGAAGGAGCUUAUCCAGAUGGUUUGUGGUGUGAAUACAGGAUAAGGGCACCACAAGGACAUAGAAUUAAACUAACUUUUAAGGAUCUAGAUAUUGAUCCUACUGGCGACAGCUUAGUAGUUUAUUCAAAAGCCAAGGAAAGUAUUUUGGCUGAAUUUAGUGGAAGCCAACUUCCAAAGCCUGUUCUCUCGAAACCUGAUGAAAGUGAGAUAAUGCUUCUGUUUUUCACUGACUUCAUGAUUGCAGGCAGGGGAUUUAUAAUACAAUAUGAGUCAGCGCCUGAUAUGGAGCUCUGCAACAAAAAUGAAGGAGUUUGCAGGAAUCGCAAUUGUUACUCUCUAUCUAGAAAGUGUGAUGGUGUCGAUGAUUGUGGUGAUGGGACAGACGAGGAAAAAUGCGGAAAACCAGUAGCUCUACCGUCUGAAGAGUGUGGACAAACUCCUAUCACCCCCAACACCAUGUUCAGUUCUCCUGAUAGACAGGUUGGGGGUAUUCCAGUAGUUCCCAACAGUUGGCCCUGGCAAGUUUCAUUGCAACACACCUACAAGGAACCCAACGCUCAUUUUUGUGGAGGUUCUCUCAUUAGUCCGCAAUGGGUGCUGACGGCGGCUCACUGUGUGGUUGGAAAAUCCCAUGACCCUCAUGAUAUGAAGAUUGUUCUAGGAAGUCAUGGUAAAUAUAAUAAAACGAAGUACGAAGUCGUAAGAGUGGCAGAGAGAAUUAUAUCCUAUCCUGAUUUAGAGGGAGAACAGUUGAGAUACAUGACAUUUACCCAUGACGUAGCUUUAGUGAAAUUGAAUGCUCCUGUAACUUAUAGUGAUGGCAUUCAACCCGUUUGCUUGCCUAGUAUCGGUUGGGAAGUUAAACCAGGAACGGUAUGUUAUUCCACUGGAUGGGGAGAAACCAGAGGCUCUGGAUUUGCUGCUGUUCUUAAACAAACUGAGCAAAUUGUACAGUCAAAAGACAACUGUUCAUACGACUUAAAAACACAAGUGUGUGUGUCUAAAACCAAACAAUCUCCUUGUCACGGAGAUAGUGGGGGACCACUAUCGUGCAGACUUGGUACUAAAUGGUGGGUAUUUGGAGCUACAAGUUUUGGCUCUGACUCCAACAUGAUGACCGGUCUCUGUGGAACACCCAACACAAAAGUAGUUUUCUCAAGCAUAGCAGAUAAAGGCGAUUGGAUUCGUAAAGUGAUAGAGAAGUUAAACUGAAUGUUUUAAAUAGUGUUAUAAAUUUACAGAGCAAAUAAAAUAAAAUAAAUUAUUGUC